AUGUCGAUCCGACCAUUGUCCAUACAUGCAGCUGAACAGUCGCCAUAUUCCCCAAGAACUCCCAUCGUCCUCCCUUCACCUCCGCCACCACCACCACCACCUCCUCCUCCUCCAAGGGAUGGCCAACCUGCAGCCUCUCCGGCACAGUCUGGGAGAUUCCCGCUUCCGCCUCCAUUGACGGUCAGCGUUGCGUCCCCUCUUGGUCUAUCGACACAUACUCCCCUCUCCGCGACAUCGUUGCACGGUCCAUUCUCCCCGUCCUAUAUUCCUUCGCCUGGCCCGAGUCCAAGGACUGCGGCACCAAUGGCUGCAAGACUGUCAGGAAAUUAUAACGUCCCUUAUGACCCUAGAGAGUGGGUAGGAGGCAGUCGACGAACGUCUUUGGUGCUGGAGGGCCGUAACAAUGGGGAGCAGGCUGAGGAAGGAAUUACCAAUCCUCCUCCUCCAUAUUCGGCCCCUUCGAAUCGUGAGCAGGCUGCCUGUACUAGUGCAGGAUCGACCAUUUCUCCUGCUGACUCGACCUUCACCGAUGGAAACCAAUCCCAAAUAAACACCCCGACCAGCACAGUGGGAGUGUUAUCGCCCCUCAACCAAGGGUCAACAUCAAUGGGUGACGGUGGUCAAAGCUAUGGCAACACAAAUGUUGCCCAGUACUUUGGUCCUCCAAGUCGUACCGGUGGCUUCGACAAUCGGUCGUCUCAUCGGAGCCUUAGCUCGCAACCACUCGAGUCACGGCCGAAUUCUUCCCUGAGUAUCACAAAGCCUCCUUCUGCCGUGACUCUGUCGAUCAGCACCACCGCCGGGCAGCAAGGUCUUCCGCUCGCGCCGUCAAGAGAAGCCCAAAUUGAUGCUACUUCGCUUCCUGCCCCUCCAGCAGCCAGAAGAGCUGCUUCGGCAGGGGCAGCUUCUUCUCAUGGAUCAUCCAAUCACAGCUAUGACGACUCAAUGUCUCGAUCAUCUUCUAAACAAGGACAAGGAAGCUGGCAACCAGGAAUGCCAUUGCCAGGUCCCCCUCCAGGUCCCCCUCCAGCUUCUUCCCGAUCACAAAGUACCGGUGGAGUUCGCAGUCUUCCUCAAUCACAAAGUGCUGGACCCAGUACUCGACCUCAUCAUCGUGUACCCUUGCGGGCACCAAUACUCAGUCCACUUCCCCCCACGCCUGCCAACUGGAGAGAUGAAUCCACCUCUCGGUCACACUCUAGGCCACCAGUGCCGCUGCAUAUUGAGACGAGCAAUCUCGACCGACCCGGGUCGACACCUAUAGGCCUUAGCCGCAGCGCGGCUCUUCGAGUGUCUUCAGCCAAAGGUUUGUUGGAGCGGCGAAAGCACCGACGGAGCACGCACGAAGGGCAAAUGGCAGAAGGAAGUGCUCUGACUAUUGACACUGACCCUUGGUUUGAUGCCAUGAGCCCGUCAGGAUAUAGCACUGAUCAUUCGCCAACAUUCGAGUCCGCAGGAAUAGGACGAGCAAGCCCAGAAGCCAGUCGCCGGGACCUUCGAACGAGCAGUCGAACAAGGCAUUCUAUCCAGAUGUCUGACGACGAUCCUUCCGUGUAUCUCUCGAAAUAUGCUGCGGGCACAUCGGCUGUAACUUCAAGCAUGGGUAACCACAGUACGCCGCUUGUACCACCCAAGGCGCUUCCUACACCUCCACUGAGUCACAAGAAUCCGACAUCUGCUCAUAGUGUCCUCCCUUCGACGUCCUCGUCAGUUUCGGAAAUGGGUCGUGGGGAUUUUGACGUCUUCAUCACGGAGGCUUCUCGUCGACACCAUGAAUUUCUCCUUCGCGAGAGUCUGGCUGACACUGAACUCGAACGCUUACAGCUCUUCAUGGAAUUUAUCGUUGAAGAGUCCAAGAUCCGUCGGCAACGUUAUCCAACGCCAUUCACGGAGGGUAAAUUCAAUCCCGCGGAAGCAAAACAGCGCUUGUUUAGUGAUGAAACGAGUGAUGGAAACGUGAGGCCCUCCACACCGGCUAUUGAAACACAUCCGCCAGUUUUGCACGGAAUCAGGGUCGACCCCCCUCAGCGCCCUGAAGCCAUGUGGUGGAAGGACUACCACCCAGCUCUCUCACCGAUUGCCAGUAUGAGUAACGACGAAUUGAGUUCUCGUGGUCGCACUGCUAGUCGGUGGUGGCAGUCUCAGGCCGGCUCCGAGACCGACGCGGGAACCCACAAAAUGAAGAGAUCGAAACGGGAGUCGAAAUAUAUGGGUCUGUCAGCUCUGUCCGUGCAGGAAGUUCUUUCGGAGGCGGCAACACCGACCAAUAUCAACGAAGUUUACAAUUCAGGAGGGGCAAAUCCGGAAGAAAAAACCCACCCGGAAACGUUUGGCUUCUACGAAGAAGCAAAUCCCAUUCCGGUGGCGGAUCCACCAGCUCUAAACCCAACGAGUCCACCGGCGCUUGAUAUCUCAAGGUUCAUUACACUUCCUCCACCAUACCCCAGGCAUUAUCCUGCUGUGAAUAACAGUCACCCCAAAUUGGCCACAUAUCGCAACCUGGUUAGAACAUUGAGUGAUUUGAGCGAGUUGCAAAAUAGAAGAUCACGACACAACCUUAGUGUGGAAGCAUUGCGAGCUGAGCAUAAACGAAAAAUCGCAGAGGGGCAAAAGGCGUUUAAGGCUAACAUCCAGGCGCAAAUCAACGAAGGAAGUAUCACGUAUGCCGAGGCCGCCGAGGCAGAACAAGCUUUGCGGAUGGAAGAGAACCGAUCAGAGAAAGCCUGUUUGAAAGUUGAAUUCGACACCUUGCAGGAUGUUGUUAUCAAUCCAAUGCACGACAUGCUAAAUGACCGAGCAGCACAGCUCAGUGCCAGCAUCAGUGAAUUGACCGAGAAAUUAGUUGCGGAGACUCAUGCUGAAAAUCUUGAUCGACCACAACAAGAGGGAGAUGCCAUGCCAGAGAUCUUGGAGUAUCUCACGCAGCUGAAAUGGCUUUUCGAGACUCGAGAAACAAUUUGCAGAGAGAUCUUUGAUCUUCUGAGUGAGCGGAACGACAAGUACAAAGCCAUUGUGCUGUUGCCGUACCACCAAGUCAGCAACAUGGACAAGAUUCGGGACACGGAAGAUUUCUUCACCCAAGACAGCCUGCAACGGCACAAAACAUUUUGUGAGGAAUCACUUGUGCGAUACCAGACAUUGUUUCAACUCGUUUCGGAAAAUGUGGCACAGGAAGUCCAGUUGCAAUCGUCUGCUUUCUGGGAUAUCGCCCCAGGUUUGCUAGAUUUAGUUCAAAAGCUGCCCGACGAACUUGACCAGCUUGGACCGAUUGCGAUUCCCGAAGUCGAAUAUGUGGAGAAUCCAGCAUAUCACGAGUUCCCGCAACAGUAUUUAUACUCACUGCUUGAUCAUGCUGAGAAAUCAACAUAUCAGUUCAUUGAAUCACAAAUCAACCUGCAUUGUUUGCUGCACGAAGUCAAAGGAAGUCUGCUUGGAGCGCAAUGUCGGGCUGGGAAAGCUAACAGGGUUCGCGCCGACAUUGACGGUGGAGGAUCAGGCGUCGACCCCACGGUCGUGCGGGAAGAGCAAGAGACAUUGGCCACGGCUGAAUUGAAGCAGCACGUGACGAUGAUUGAAGAACAAUGGCUGGAAGCCUUGGGGAGUGCCCUGCAGGGGAAGAAAGCGCAAGUGAAGAUGUAUCUAGAGAAUGUUGGAGGGUGGGAUGAAUCUUUCCAAGGGGCAGACUAA